AGAGGAGCAAGGGCGCGGAGGUGAGCAGAGCCAGCGGGCGCGAGCGGAGAGGCGCGGGCGCAGGCCCUCGGUCUUUUCCCUUUUUCAGGGGUGGCGGUGAGUCCCUUUCACCGUGUUGACAGCCUUGCCACCCGGCCCGCUUCACUGGGGCUGCCCAGAGGAGGCCGCGGCCGGGCAGCUGUUGCGCCGAGAGGGGGCAGCUGCGGAGUUCCAUAACCAUAGCAACCUCAUCAGCACCACCGCGGCGGCGGCGGCGCGGGCAGCAUCCUCUCGCUCCUCCUCCAGGCAGCCUUGCUGCGGGGACCCGAGACCCAGCUCGCAGGUGCCCGGACUCCGCGGUCCGCCCGCUGCCGCUGCAAGUGUUGGCGGCUGGAGAAGGCAAAAAAGAGCAGAGUGAGGGACCCAGGAGCAGUGGCCCAGGAGGAGAGAGAGGGGAGCUCUGCAGUGGGAGACAGGUAAUGAACCGAAAAGAUCAUGUCUGAGGUACAAGGAACGGUGGAGUUUUCUGUAGAGCUACAUACAUUUUAUAACGUGGAUCUCUUUCAGAGAGGGUAUUAUCAGAUCCGAGUGACCUUGAAGGUGUCCUCAAGGAUCCCCCACAGACUGAGUGCCUCCAUCCUUGGGCAGACAGACAGCGGCAGCCUGCACUCAGCCUGUGUCCACGAGAGCACUGUGCACAGCCGAGUCUUUCAGAUCUUAUACAGGAACGAAGAGGUGCCCAUCAACGAUGCCGUGAUCUUCCGAGCUCAUUUGCUCUUAGAUGGUGAAAGGGUGGAAGAGGCACUAAGUGAAGUCGAUUUCCAACUCAAGGUGGAUUUGCACUUUACAGACAGUGAACAACAGCUGCGGGACAUGGCCGGGGUCCCCGUGAUCAGCAGCCGUGCUCUGGGCCUGCACUUCCACCCCCGGAGAGGCCUGCAUCACCAGGUCCCCGUCAUGUUCGACUAUUUCCACCUGUCGGUGAUCUCGGUGACCAUCCACGCUGCCCUGGUGGCCCUGCAACAGCCCCUGAUCAGUUUUACUCGUCCAGGAAGAGGCUCCUGGCUUGGGAAAGGCGGCCCAGAUACAGGACCAGAACAGUCUAGCCUUUCCCUGGAAAACCUGGUCUUUGGAGCUGGAUACUGCAAGCCGACUUCCUCAGAGGGGAGCUUCUACGUGCCCUCUGACAACUGCAUGCAGCAUGCUUACAAGUGGCACCGGGACGUGUGCUUCCUGCUCUUACACGCCUACCGGGGACUCCGUGCCUACUUCCUGACCAUCAUGAGGGACAUCCCUGAGCUGCCACGCAUGGAGCUGGAGUCACUUGCUGUUGAAGAAACACUCUCUCAGCUGUGCUCAGAGCUACAGGUAAUUAGGAAACUGACUCCUUAG